GUUUUAUCUCGCUGCAUCUAAUAAACUGUGCACAGUCAUACACACUGAUUUUUUAAAGAAACCAGUUUUGGUUUAUUAGCCAAUUCUAACCUAAAGAUCCAAACCACUUCAAUGUCCAACAAACUUGAAGUUCAAGAUUUGUUUGGUGCCUUUUCUGACUCGGAUGAAGAUGUUCUAAUUUCUGCUCCUGCUCCAAUCCAAUCUAAAAGACUUGAACCUGCUUCUACUCUACCGUCAAAUCCUGUUAAUAAUGACCCUUCCAUCACAAAGCGACAACGUCUGGAUUUGCCUCUCGAUCAGAUAUCAACCCAUGAUAGUACUGGACUGCAGGAUACUGCCAUGGAGGUUGAAAAUGCCGAUGAGCAGCCUUCCGUGGUGAUUGUUGAUGAUUUUGGUCAGAAUGUAGAUCUGGAAUACGCUCAUGCUGAUGGCUUGAUUCCAAGUACAGAGUCUGCUACAACUGAUGCAAAUGGUGUUCCUGUUUCAUCUGAUAAAACCACUGGAGUCGAUGCAAAUGGUAGUGCUGUUUCUACAAAAGAGCAGUUGGUCAUUAGCCAUCAGGUUCGUCACCAAGUCGCUGUUCCAACCGGAUACGAUUAUACUCCACUUUCACAUGAUAAACCACCAGCUAAUCCAGCACGCACAUAUCCAUUCAAACUCGAUCCUUUCCAAGCAACCUCUAUUACCAGUAUCGAACGUGGCGAAUCAGUUCUAGUCAGUGCUCAUACUAGUGCUGGAAAAACUGUUGUGGCAGAAUAUGCCAUUGCAAAAAGUCUUCUUCAAAAACAGCGUGUGAUUUACACCAGUCCCAUCAAGGCAUUGUCAAACCAAAAAUACCGAGAGUUGCUUCAAGAAUUUGGAGAUGUUGGCUUGAUGACGGGUGAUGUCACAAUUAACCCUGGUGCAAGUUGUUUGGUCAUGACUACAGAAAUUCUUAGAUCGAUGUUGUAUCGUGGUAGCGAGGUCAUGCGCGAAGUUGCAUGGGUUAUUUUUGAUGAAAUUCAUUACAUGCGUGAUAAAGCUCGAGGUGUUGUUUGGGAAGAAACGCUUAUUAUGCUACCUGACAAGGUUAGAUUUGUGUUUCUGUCGGCUACCAUCCCCAAUGCAAUGCAGUUUGCCGAAUGGAUUUGCAAAAUUCAUAAGCAGCCUUGCCAUGUUGUAUACACAGAUUACCGUCCCACUCCCUUGCAACACUAUCUUUUCCCCUCUGGUGGCGAAGGAAUCUACCUUGCAGUAGAUGAAAAGUCUGUGUUUAGACAAGCCAAUUUCCAAAAAGCAAUCAGCGCAUUGGGUGAUGAUGCCACUGACCCAACUACUGGUGCAAGUAUCAAGAAAUCCACUGGAAGUUCCCGAAAAAGAGACGGCAGCACCAAAGGUCCUAGUGAUCUGUUCAAGAUUCUGCGCAUGAUCAUGGUUAAAAACUAUCAUCCAGUGAUUGUUUUUUCUUUUUCAAAACGAGAGUGUGAAGCCAAUGCGCUUCAACUGUCUAAAUUGGAUUUCAACGACGAUGAUGAAAAACAGCUGGUCAAGUCAGUAUUUGAAAAUGCAAUCACUUCUCUUAGCGAAGAUGACCGUGGACUACCGCAAAUUGAGCAUAUUCUUCCACUUUUAAAACGCGGAAUUGGAAUCCAUCACUCUGGUCUUUUACCCAUCUUGAAAGAGGUGAUUGAGAUUUUAUUCCAGGAAGGGUUGCUCAAGGUUUUGUUUGCCACUGAAACCUUUUCUAUUGGUCUCAACAUGCCUGCAAAAACGGUUGUCUUUACUGCAGUACGCAAAUUUGAUGGCAAAGAAACACGCUGGCUCAGUGGAGGUGAAUACAUUCAAAUGUCUGGCCGUGCUGGCCGUCGAGGUCUUGAUGAUCGUGGUGUUGUCAUUCUCAUGAUUGAUGAAAAGAUGGAGCCCAAUGUUGCUAAAGAUAUGCUCAAGGGUGUCUCUGACCCACUCAACUCUGCAUUCCAUCUUACCUAUACGAUGAUUCUAAACUUAUUGCGUAUUGAGGGCGUGAGUCCAGAAUAUAUGCUUCAAGGAAGCUUUUUUCAAUUCCAAAACUCUGUUCGUGUGCCUCAACUCAUCAAGGAUAUGGAUAUUUUUGAAAAGCGUCGAGAUGGCAUCUUGGUUGAGGACGAGCAGCUUGUUGGAGAAUAUUACCAAAUACGAUCGCAGCUGGAGCUGUAUAGACGGGAUAUGCGGGAUGUUCUCAAUCAACCAGCAUAUAGCGUUCCUUUUCUUCAGCCUGGUCGUCUAGUCAGGAUUGCACGUGAAUCUACGACAGAAAAUCCCAAUGGCGAUUUUGGAUGGGGAAUCAUUGUUAAUUUUGUGAAGCCUCAGCAACCGAAAGCCAAAAUGGGAGGCAAUAUUAAGACUCUGACUGAAGAGCCUCAGUAUAUUGUUGACGUUUUACUCAACUGUGCUCCGGCUGAGAAUGAUGAUUCCAGUGCAAGCAGCCUACUAUCUACCAGUGUUCAGCCAUGCCCAAAAGAUAUCAAACGUGGCAGUGCAUUAAUUGUUCCGUGUCUUUUGAAUGCGUUUGAUGGCAUCUCAUCUGUGCGCAUCAAUAUGCCCAAAGAUAUGCGACUGCUGGCUUCGCGCAGACAAUGUUUGGCUACAAUCAAAGAAGUCGAAUCAAGAUUCAAGGACAAGGUGCCAAUACUUGAUCCUAUAAAGGACAUGAGAAUUGAAGACGCUUUAUUUCAAAAACUAGUGAGCAAAAUUCAUGUUCUUGAGCCUCGUUUAUACGAACAUGCAUUACACAAUGAUCCACGGCUACCCGAGUUGUAUUCCAGUUAUGAAUCUAAAAUGAUUCUUGUAGCGAAAAUCAAGGAUAUUCGACGACAAAUCACACAGGCUGAAUCUGUACUUCAAAUGGACGAACUCAAAGCUCGUCGACGUGUUCUCCGCCGACUCGGAUAUACCAAUGCGCAAGAUAUUAUUGAAAUUAAAGGCCGUGUUGCUUGUGAGAUCUCUGCUGGUGAUGAGCUUGUCUUGACUGAGCUGCUCUUCAAUGGUGUUUUUACAGAUCUUACAGUUGAUCAAACGGUAUCGCUUCUCAGUUGUUUUACUUUUGGCGAACGUAGUGGUGGUGAAGAUCCUACAGUAUCAUUUCCUGACACACUUAAACAACCCUUGCGCAUUCUUCGAGAAACAGCGAGAAAGAUUGCGCAAGUCAGUCAGGAAAGCAAAAUGACGAUUGACGAAAAAGAGUAUGUGGAGAGCUUCCGGCCCGAUCUAAUGCAAAUUGUGAUGAGCUGGUGCCAGGGAGCCCGGUUUGCUGAUAUUUGCCGAAUGACGGAUAUUUUCGAAGGAAGUAUUAUUAGAAGUAUGAGGCGGUUGGAAGAGUUGUUGAGGCAAAUGGUUGCAGCUUCAAAGAGUAUUGGAAACUCUGAUUUAGAAACCAAAUUCACUGAAGGAAUUGCAAAAAUCAAGAGAGAUAUUGUAUUUGCAGCCAGUCUGUACUUGUGAACAAGUUAUAUUUUAGGAAUGAACAGGUUCAUUUUAGUCAUAUUCACGUAG